AUGAGCUGCAAUGGGUGCAGAGCCCUCCGCAAAGGCUGCACCGAAGACUGCACCCUCAGACCUUGCCUCCAGUGGAUCAAAUCCCCCAACUCCCAAGCCAAUGCCACUCUCUUCCUUGCCAAGUUCUAUGGUCGUGCAGGCCUCAUCAACCUCAUCAAUGCCGGACCUCAACAUUUCCGCCCUGCGAUAUUUAGGUCACUUCUAUACGACGCAUGUGGGCGGAUAAUUAAUCCGAUAUACGGGUCUCUCGGGCUACUUUGGUCAGGAAAUUGGCACCACUGCAAGUUAGCCGUUGAUGCAGUGCUCCAAGGCUCUCGGAUCAUGCCACUGCCCAUCGAAGAUGCUACUGCUGCGUCCCACCCUGUCACGCCUAUCAACGUCUCUGAUAUGCGCCACAUUGCCAAGGAGUCCGGCGAGCUUCACCGGACCCGAACCCGGAACCGGUUCAAGCGCUCAGGUGACCGUGGCAAAGACCAGGUCGACCCGGUUCGGUUCUCAAUCUCCGGUUGGGACGGCAAUGUCAUGGGAAGGUUGAACGGGGCUCCGAGAAUUGACUCGUCGAUGUUUUCUGUUGAGAAGAUGAAGAACCGGACCGAAACGGGUCGGGCUGUGAAGUCCGAGAACCACGGUGAAGAAAGCGAGGUGGGUUUGGAACUCACUCUUGGCUUCAAUCCGGUGUUGCGCACCAACCUGUCUAUGCUGGACUCAAAUGUGAUCAACGUCCCUGAUAGUGACUGAAUCAAGGGCUAGAUUGAUCUGAGGACUUCUAACUUGUUUUUGCCGUUUUUUAAAGCAUAGUUUUUUUUAGAUGUUAAAGUAAUAUGGGGUAUGUUUUGGUGUAUCUU